AUACGUCCUCUAUGGUCUGUCACUAAUGGCGUGUCUUCCUCGACCACACGUUAAAUCGUCAAAAUGGCUAAGAAAAAAGGCGACGAAAAAGUGAACCAAACCCCUCAAAGUGAUAAUGAGGAGCAGAAUUAUGACGAGGAGCCAGAUUUUGACGAUCCAGAGGGUUUCGUGGACGAUAUUCCCGACGAAGAAUUGUUGGCCGACCUCUUGGAGCAAAAACCCAAGGAAUCUGACGGUUACGAGAACGUGAUCGUGGUCGAUGGGUGCCCGCAGGUCGGGCCCGAACGCUUGGAGAAGCUCCAGAGCGUGAUAAACAAAAUCUUUAGUAAAUUCGGGAAGAUUGUGAACGAGUAUUACCCGACCACUGACACUGGAGUCACCACUGGCUACAUUUUCUUGGAGUACAGCAAUCCUCAGAACGCCGCCGAGGCCGUGAAGGCGACAAACAAUUGUAAAUUAGAUAAGCAACACACAUUUUUAGUGAACCUUUUCACUGAUUUUAAUAAAUAUGCUGACAUCCCUAAAGAAUGGGAACCACCAGCACCCCAGCCAUUCAAGGUCCAAUCAGACCUCCAAUGGUACCUUAUGGACCCCGAUGCAUAUGACCAAUUCCUGGUUGGCAUUGGAACCGGUGUAUCGUUGCAAGUGUGGCAGAAUGCAUUACCAGAACCUGUCAUGUUACAGGAGAGACCUAACUGGACUGAAACAUAUGCAGUGUGGUCUCCCUUGGGCACGUACCUCGCCACGUUCCACUGGCGAGGUGUCGCGCUGUGGGCGGGUCCGAAGUUCUCGCAGUUCCAGAAGUUUUUCCAUCCGGAAGCGAGAUUCAUUUCAUUCUCACCGUGUGAGAAUUAUAUUGUAACCUUUUCACCCAGUGGUGAUAGAGGCGAUGACAAGAAACUCAUUAUUUGGGACAUUAGGACGGGACAAGAGAAACGUAGCUUCCCUCCACCUGAUGAGUAUGUGACGUGGCCGAUAUUCCGCUGGAGUAAGGAUGACAGAUUCUUCGCGAGACUGGGAGCCGAUGUGCUCUCGGUCUACGAGACUCCGGGCUUUGGUCUCCUCGACAAGAAGUCCAUUAAGAUACCUGGAAUUAGGGAUUUCAGUUGGUCACCUACCGACAACAUCCUCGCAUACUGGGUAGCGGAAGACAAAGACGUGCCUGCAAGAGUCACGCUACUCGAACUGCCCAACCGCACAGAAGUACGGUCAAAAAACUUGUUCUCUGUAGCGGAUUGUAAGAUCCAUUGGCAGAAGAGUGGUGAUUACUUGUGUGUUAAAGUCGACCGUUAUUCCAAAGUAAAGAAGGAUAAGAAUGAAAUCAAAUACUCUGGAAUGUAUUAUAACUUUGAAAUAUUCCACAUGAGAGAGAAGGAGAUUCCCGUCGACUCUGUUGAGAUCAAGGAGCCUAUUCAGGCAUUCGCCUGGGAGCCGGUAGGCUCGAAAUUCUCUAUCAUCCACGGCGACCCGGCAAACAUCUGCAUCAGCUUCUACCAAGUGAACACGGGUCAGGCGCCGACCCUGCUCAGAAAGUUCGAGCGCAAGCCAUUUAACCACCUGUUCUGGUCUCCGAUGGGACAGUUCAUAAUCCUGGCCAACCUCGGACUCACAGGUGGCGCGCUGGAGUUCUUGGACACUAAUGACUUCACUAUUAUGAAUGUCGCUGCGCAUUAUCAGAUGUCUGGUAUUGAGUGGGACCCCACUGGUCGCUAUGUGGUCACCGGCGUGUCCUCGCUUAAGUGUAAGAUGGACUGUGGGUAUUACAUCUGGUCCUUCCAGGGCAAGGUCCUCAGAAGAGUAAUGAAGGAGGGCUUCGCUCAGUUCCACUGGCGGCCGCGUCCACCGACGCUACUCUCCGAGAAACAACAGAAGGAGAUCAAGAAGAACCUCAAGAAGUACUACUCGCAGUUCGAGUCCAAGGACCGCAUGCGCAGUAGCAAGGCCAGCAAGGAAUUGGUUGCCAAACGUACUGAGCAGAUGAAGAAGCACAUCGAGUACCGCGAGGCGAAGGUCCAGGAGUGGGAGGAGCAGAAGCCGCGCCGGCUAGAGCUCAGGAACUACGUGGACACGGAUGGUCUGGACAACGACCCGACGAGCACAGUGGAAGAAGUUGUUGAAUUUUUCGUGAAAGAGGAACAAUCGACCAUCGAGUAGUCGCCAUUCCGUACAACCGUUUGAGGUCGGACGCCCUCCGACCUCCGUGAGCCCGGCGUUGUCCGGGAAGUUCCCUGAUAUUUUAAUAAACCAGACACAAUAAAAAGCUUUUUUAUAUAUACCUCCCGUAAAAUAAGUAGUCGCAAAAAUUUCAUUAUGUUCAGUGUAAUUUGGUUUAUAAAUUAUACAAUAGGUGUUUAUAGAAAUCAUAUUAAAUUGAUAUGUUACAACAGAA